GGUGAAUCAGAGACACAGAAAGAAAGAGAGAGAGAGAGGCAGGAGAGAGCAGCACUUAUUACACGAGUCUCCUCCUCGUCUCCACACCUCAGCUAACAAGUCGAGCGAGCCCGCAACUUCACCGCUGACACAACUCAACUCGUAAAGGACAAACAGAGGAAGAAACUCAUAGAGGCGCGCGAAGAGUUUCCAGAAGCGACCGUUGCCUGCAACAACGCGGAACCCACGAGGCUAUGGACAGAAGGAUGAACUUGAACGGCGGCGCAGGGGACAUUUUUCACAAAACUCUCAGCGCCGUGUCCACUAAAAAAAUGGACCCUUUCAGAUCGUCGGCCGGCAUUGAACUACCAGCCAGAGACCGCCAGUCACCGAUCAGCUGCUUUGACCAGACCGACCAAGACUCGAUUCAGCCGGGAGGACUGGCAGGAGGGAGAGGGGGGGCACUGGGUCUGCCGACCGGAUCUUUGUGCGUCAAUUUCGGUGAGAACGCCAACAGGACUUCGGCGGCGGAGAGCAGCGGCGGAGAGCAGAGUCCCGACGAUGACAGUGACGGCAGGUGUGACAUGGUCCUUCUGGCCGACGGGCGGACGGUGCCCGCGGGGAAAGGAGAAGGAGGUAAGAAAACCAAAGAGCAGAAAAUACUGCGGCUAAACAUCAAUGCCAGAGAAAGACGACGGAUGCACGAUCUGAACGACGCGCUGGAUGAGCUCAGAGGGGUCAUCCCUUACGCGCACAGCCCCUCAGUGCGGAAACUCUCCAAAAUAGCCACUUUGCUGCUCGCCAAAAACUACAUCCUCAUGCAGGCGCAGGCACUGGAGGAGAUGAGGAGGCUAGUGGCGUAUCUCAACCAGGGCCAAGCCAUCUCUGCUGCCUCGAUACCCGCCACCACUGCCCUCGCAGCUCCCGGCUUGGGCGCGUACGAGCAGCCGCCUGGAUAUCCCUUCCCCACCGGGGUGGCUGCGUCCUCAUGCCCCGAUAAAUGUGCCAUAUUCAACAACGCCACCUCCAGCCUCUGCAAACAGUGCACUGACAAGCCUUAA